CAGAAAAACAGCUAUGACUUCUGAUUCUUCACCCAUCAACAACGUUCCUUCAUCUCCAACAAUUCCUCUUCAAGCUCAACCGGCAUCACCUUCUCCUCCCUUGGCGAUGCUUCUCGCCGCAAUCAUCGUCGUUGAACUCUUCCAUGCCGUCCGCCUUCGAUACCCCGCCAGUGCAUUGUUCCCGGUUUGUCGUAGCCACUAAUGCUCCACCUACUCCAAUGUGAUUCAGAGGCUCCUGAAGGAUUAUUCUCCGGUAGAGAAAUUUUCGAUUCCGACACAAAGUUUCAUGAGUUUUAUGAGGAGUUCUAUCGGUCUGUGAAGAAUAGGGGAGUGGCAAAUUCGGGGAUUGAUGAAGCUGGAAGUUGAAAACCAGGCAAGUACUUUCAUGGCCUCUCUGGUUAUAGGUUUUCUUUCAAAAAAGAAAAACAUUUCCCUUCUACAAAUCACGUCAGAUCUCCUGCUCUUCAUUCUUCGGAUGGAUGAUUAUCUGCCUUCUGCACAUUCGAUUGGGAGAUCAAUUAUUUUGCAAGAUACUCCAAUUAUUAAUGCCAAUUUCAUAUUAUCAGAAUGAUCUUUGGUCUCCUGUUGAUCAUCCACUUUUUUCACAAAGUGAAGUUCAAGGUUGUCUCGAUAUUGGUGACCCUGUGUAUACUUGUCUAUAUUGUGAUGCGUCGUUUUGGUUACUAGAGCGGGUUGAAAAACAGUCAAGAAUUAAUCAACCUCUUUUUACACUUUGUUGUUUUCAAGAAAAAAUUCAAUUACCGUAUCUUCAGGAAGCUCCAGAUUUAUUAUAUAAUUUGAUUCAUGGUCAUGAUAGUAAGUCUUUACAGUUUCAGAAAAAAAUUCGGUAUUAUAAUAGUAUGUUUGCUUUCACUUCUCUUGGUGGUAAAGUAAUAGACUCAGUGAAUGAUGAAACUGGCCCACCACAAUUCAUUAUAAGUGGCCAAAAUUAUCAUAGAAUUGGAAGUUUAUUACCUCAGGCUGGUCAAGUUCCGAAAUUUGCCCAAUUAUACAUAUAUGACACAAAACAUGAGUUAACGCAUAGAGAAGGAAUAUUUGGGUAAGGUCAACUCUUACAAAAAUUUUGUUAUGAUUGUUUGUAAUUUUAAUUAGUUUCUUUUAUUUUCAAUUUAAUUUUUAGUUGGUAAGAUACUAAUA